AUGUCACACUCUACCAUCUCGCAGCGAAAGACCACCCCGAGGGAGGAGGGAAACAAGCUCGAUGAACUUGCCGAGGAGAUUCUUGAACUCUACAAGGCAGAAACGCUCGGCGAGGUCAUGAAGAAGAUCAACGACAAAUACAAACUGCACGCCAGCAAAUCACAAUAUCGAAAGCGUCUGGAGAAGUGGCGUGUGAAAAAGAAUGUUCGGCGCUCAGAUCUGUCAGCCUGGAAACGGGCCGGACAAGAACUUCGCGAGACCAAACACGUUGACCACGAGAGCGCGGUAAUGUAUGAUGGAAGAAUCUACUCGAUGCAACAAGUCCAAGGGGUCUUACGACGCCACGAUACCCCGAGGCUCGCCGACAAAUUUAAUCUCAGCCAGCAGAGCCUGGCACAGACUCUCAUGGUCUACCGAGAAAAGUGCAUCGAAGAUGCGUCGCCCCGAGGUUUAGCCGAGACGCUUCUUCUCGCAAUGCCACAGCCAGAUUUAGGAGGCUUAAUUAAAGACAAGAAAAGCCUGCGUAUGGUUUCCUUCCCUACCCGUCAAGAUCUGUUAUCACUUCUCCAUGUUAUGGUUUUUGCGAUAGCGAACCACAUCGAAGCUACGGAGCCAAGCAGCGACAUCCUAUGCGAUCUAUUUCACCAAGUAAAACACGAGAAGUCGUGGCUGGAACUCCUAUUCAACUCGAAAGAUCCAGUCGCUAGAUGCCUGUCCAGGGCGAUUUUUACUAGUGCUUUCGAGAAAGGCGAUAUGGCAGCAAUUGAGCGUUGCCUCCAGGCGGGGGCUGACACCAGCAGGGCUGUGUGGUCUGUGAUAUCGUAUUGGCCCAUCAAGACAUCCAUGCUGGUAGCUUCCUUAGAGCGAAAGAAUCUCCAGCUCGCUAAAUGUCUACACCGGCAUGCCGCACCUUGGACAGUACCAUUUUGUUCCCAACAGAAGCCCAUCAUGUAUCUCCUCUCAACACGUGGAGGUCGCUGGCUGGUGAAAGACGACGUCUGGGAGUUCAUUACUCAAUCAUACCCACAGUACCGAAGUGAAGCUUACGAAUUCAUUCAAAGCAAGCCAACCCACCUUUACAACAACUGGAUGGUCAUCCAAAAAUUACUCCCACUUUUCCCCGGCUUAACCUAUUCGAAGUAUUGGCAGUCAGCCAUUCUAUUCUCGGCAUUGUUGGCUGAAAAUACGACAGACUUCCCUACGAUUGAUAAUACUACCACGCUGAAGGACUAUGAGGAAUGUCUCAAAGGAUCAGCUCUCUUAUUAGCGAUAGAGCAAGACGAAGAGUAUUGGAGGAGUACGGAGAAAGAAGACCAUUGGAAUUUGGAGGACCAGAUUCUCCAUGUCAUCAGAAACAUGUUGUCCAGAGGCGCCACUCUAGACACUGUAUAUGGAUACAGAAGCCCCAUGAGAUGGGCAAUGGAGAGAAAACAAUGGAAAAUCGUCGAAUUUCUUCUCGACUACGGCGGUUCGACCACGCACAGACAGGCACUGGACUACAUUAGGUCAAAGAGACCAGGAAAAUCGAAGAUCCCCCUUUCCCUAUUACAGAAAAUCUGCCAGCCGGAGGGGGUGACUGUCAAGGAUGCCAUACGCCACGAUUUGGACCCCAGCCAUGUUCGGCAGAUGCUGUGCCAUGAUGAUGGCUACAGGCGGAGUUGCGCUCAAGCACAUGGGUCCGGUUCAUUGCUGAGUUGGAUCAUCCAAGAAGAACGAUAUAUAUAUCUAGAGGCGAUACUUCAACACGAUCCCAUGGCGUACGACUGUCAAGCACUGAGGGUGGCUGUUACGGUUUAUGUCAGUAAGCCUUACUCGUUCCGGUUCAAUGGUGGGGCUCACUUCAUCGAGAACUUGCUUCGUCGACGCCAGACUAGCGCUGAGCCCUGUGCCAAUGAGGGUACCGCUAUGGUGUUCGCCAUCUGUGGUCGAUCAGAACAGUUGAUAAGUCUCUUGUCCGAUGCCGGUAUUCAACUCAGUCCAACGUUGAGGACCCACAGUCUUCCCUCCGGUUUUCCGAAACGGGCUCGAUUCAGAAGAGCGGCGUUCUUGCUGACAUCUAAACUGGGGGGUGACUGCAGUAUGGUUGAAUCCCAGGGCGCUUUUGAAUUCCUUGUUGCCUUUGCUCUGCCUAAGGUAGUUCGAUCCAUGUUAGAUCAAGGCUUCGAAGUAACCGAAAGGCACACGAUGGUGGCGGUGGAAUAUGGGAGGGGAGAUAUUCUUGAGAUUUUGCUCCAAAAUGGCGGAAGCAUAUGCGAGUCACACCUCGGCAAAGCAUGCUCUCGAAAAGACCUGCCAAUGAUCAUGAAGUUGCUCGAUCUAGGGGUCAAGGUAGAAAGCAAAAUGUGGGAAGUUCCUAUACAUAGGACUGGGGAUCACUAUCAGCGGACAACAUUCCAGGUUGUGGUAGAAAAUGGGAGUAUCGACAUGAUCGAAGCCUUGAUUGAGCAAGGCGCCGAUGUCAAUGAGCCAGCAGGAGAAUGGCGAGGCGGAACUGCACUCCAGCUUGCAGCAGGCCGGGGCCGAAUUGCUCUGGCCAGGAGGUUGAUCGAGCUUGGGGCAGACUGCAAUGCUCCUGCUGGUCGCACACAUGGAAGAACAGCGCUGGAAGCGGCCGCUGAACAUGGACGGUUGACAAUGGUCCAAUUUCUCCUGCACUUGGGGGUGUCUACCACGGACGAAGAGCGACGCCAAUAUAUCCGAGCGAUCAAGUUUGCGGCUGCUGAAGGCCACACUGUUAUUGAGAUGAUUCUGAGAGCUCAUCGCCCAUGGAUGGACGAAGACUGGCAGCUUUGGGACUGUCUCCUUGAUGAUGGCAAACGAGACCGAGAAGAGGGCAUAACCACUGAGUCCGAAGAAAGCAUUUCAAAAGCACCUCACCCCAACACCCAAGAGCUGGGACACCAAGCAGUCGAUCAGUCUCAACAAUCCACCCCGAAAGAUACUAUGGCGUGGGUCUGUGGCCUGGAAAGCAAUGAUGUGGGUAAAUUAGGAGGGACAAUAUUUGGAAGCCAGUUUGUUUCAUCACCUAUGCCCUUUUUCGGCUCACCACCCCUCAACAUGCUCCUCGGUCAAAAUCCCGGCCAUGACACAUUCGCUUCAGACUUGGUCUUUGGAGCAGAUCUCUCAUUCUCCGUCAACGGCGACGUCAUGGCCGGCCAGGGGGUGCAGGACGCUUCACAUAGUAGGUUGGUUCUUCCCUUUUCGGAAACUGUAGCUUCAGGCUCAGGGGACAUAAGCAAGCGGCACUGUGAAGGGUGUGGGAACCAUUUGGAACAGUGCUACUGUGUUGACUUUUCAUUCCUGGACGAAAUGGAAAUCUUUGAUGAUGAUUUACUCCCUUUAUCAGAGGACUAA